AAUUGCAGCAAUUCAUGCGCAUAAGAUCUUCGAUUGACGAAGUGGAUCCAUCAGCGGCACGGAGGGGUUGGAUCCGGAGCAUCCCGAGAUCAAUGUUGUCGAAUUCCGGUCAUUUUUUGCCCGGGGAGCGCACGGAGUGUGCAUGAGUCGAAUGUGGUCGCGAGGCCGAGCACGCGACGCCAGAACUGAUUGACAAUCCGCCGAUCGAUCGGAUGUCCACGCCCGAAAACAGAGAGAAAAAUUCCGGUCGUGCGGUGCCUCCUCCUGUAGGAAUAGCGAGAGUUCUCGCCAGGGUGAGACUCCUCCGAAAGCAGGAGGUAAUUGUGUCAUGGCUGCGUGUUGGCCAGUCCACGAUGCGCAAUUUGAUCGCCAUGACGACGGUGGUUCGAUUUGAACUCUGAUGGUUCAAUUUGGAGCGGCCUGAGACGAACACGGAGGAAUGUCUUGGACCUUGGCAAGUUGGAAGCGGCAGGCUGAUAUAUUUCAUCUGAUUCUUGGAUACGGAGAUCAGGACAGUGGUGGUGUGGAUGAUCUGCCUCUCCGUGUGAGAAAUGGGGUGCAACCUCUGGAUCUCAAGUUUCCCCUCGGAGGCCCUGCAGAUCUUAUCUCUGCCUGUAAAUACAAAAUUCAGCUUGAUUGGGCAGCAGGGGACGAUGAAGAUCAAGUCGCACUUAAGCUCCAGUCGCAACUCAUGGUUACAUUGCCUUCUCCCCAUGAUGAAGUUGCUGUGCGUAUCGGGCAAUUCGUAGAUACUAAGAAUACUGAAGAAACGGAUUCUCCUGAGUCCGAUGCAGAUCCACAGGCAGUGCCCGAAGAUGAGGUUGAGGUGGAGUCUGAUGUACGCGUGACUUUCAAUGUUUAUAAGACUAGAGAGCAUCUUAAACUGGUGUCUUUAUCGCGAACGGUAGGUUCUGGGCCUUCUGUAGAUGGCUUGGGAGUCCUUAACAGAAUUCUGGACAAAUUUGCGAACUCAAGCACACCAGAGGAGGUUUCAGGUUUUAAAGAACAUUGGCGUGUCCUCUCCGUGCUCAACCUCUCCAACUGCUCUUUAACCGGUCUUCCGAUCGAAUUAGCACGUUUGCCUAUGCUUCAAAGACUCUACCUUGACAACAACAAGAUUACAGUUUUGCCUCCAGAAUUGGGCCAACUUACCCAACUCAAAGUGCUUCGGGCUGACCACAAUCUGCUCACAUCUGUGCCAGUUGAGCUACGUCAGUGUCUUGGGUUAGUUGAGCUAUCUCUUGAACACAAUAAGCUUGUUCGGCCUUUGCUGGAUUUCAGGGCCAUGUCAGAACUGCAGGUAUUGAGACUUUUUGGCAACCCGUUGGAGUUUCUGCCUGAAAUACUUCCCUGUACAAAGUUACGACACCUGUCACUAGCCAAUGUGCGCAUUGAAGCUGAUGAGAGCCUUAUGGACAUCAAUGUGGAAGUUGAGGGAGUUGAGAGUACAUCUUAUUUUGCUGCCUCCAAGCAUAAGCUCAGUGCCUUUUUCUCUCUUAUAUUCCGAUUUUCCUCCUGUCAACAUCCAUUACUGGCAUCUGCACUGGCUAAAAUUACUCAAGAUAAUAGCAAUCGAGCAGCAAUCGGCAAAGAUGAGAGUGCUGUACGCCAACUAUUGAGCAUGAUUCUUAGUGAUAAUCGUCAUGUGGUUGAGCAGGCAUGUAUUGCACUCUCUGCAUUGGCAGUAGAUACAACUCUUGUGCUGCGAUUGAUGAGGGCUGAUGUUGUACAAGCAAUUGAAUUUGUUUUGAGAUCAACAUCUACGGAACUUCUUAUUUCGGUUCUCAAAGUAGUAGUCAAUAUCGCAUUCACGUCUGAUGCUGUGGCUUCUAAAGUGCUCACCAAAGACAUCUUCAAACGACUCAAGGCCCUAUGUUCUAACACCAACUCUGAGGUACAGCGACAGGCCCUUCUGGCUAUUGGUAAUCUGGCAUUCAGCUGGGAAAACAGACGCACAUUAGUAGCGUCUGAAACUCUUCGAGAAAUGCUACUCCGUUUAUCUAGUGGACAAGAAACGCGUGUCUGCAAAGCCGCUGCAAGGGCUCUAGCUAUUCUUGGCGAAAAUGAGUAUCUGCGUCGCGCCGUUAAAGGAAAACCAGUAGCAAAGCGAGGAUUGCGAAUAUUAUCAAUGGAUGGCGGUGGGAUGAGAGGUUUGGCAACCGUAGAAAUUCUGAGGAAAUUUGAAAAAUACUCAGGAAAACAUAUCCAUGAAAUGUUUGACCUUAUCUGCGGCACUUCCACUGGCGGUAUGCUUGCUGUGGCUUUGGGGAUCAAGCAGCUAUCUCUUGAUCAAUGUGAAGAGAUAUAUAAGACAUUAGGGAAAGUUGUUUUUGCUGAGCCUCCUCCGAAAGAGAAUGAAGCAGCUACUUGGAGAGAGAAAAUAGAUUCAUUGUACAAAAGUUCUUCACAAAGCUUUCGGGUUGUUGUGCACGGAUCUAAGCACAAUGCGGACGAAUUUGAACGAUUGUUGAAGGAGAUGUGCGCGGAUGAGGAUGGGGACUUGCUUAUAGAGUCAGCAGUGCGGAAAGAAGUUCCCAAAGUUUUUGCCGUUUCUACAUUAGUUAGUGUUGUGCCAGCCCAACCAUUCGUCUUCCGAAACUACCAGUAUCCUCCCGGAACACCAGAAACAGCUCCUUGGACAACGGAUGGACCGGCUGCUUCUGUAUCUGGCAGCGCUGCAACAGCAGCUCCUUUAAGUACUCCCAUAGGGCCCAAGAGAACUGCUUUCAUAGGCAGCUGCAAGCAUUUUGUAUGGGAGGCCAUCAGAGCUUCUUCAGCUGCUCCCUACUAUCUCGACGAUUACUCAAGUGAGUCAAAUCGCUGGCAGGAUGGGGCGAUCGUUGCAAAUAAUCCCACUAUCAUUGCUCUACGUGAGGCCCAGCUUUUGUGGCCAGAUGUUCCAAUCGGUUGCCUUGUUUCGUUGGGCUGUGGGAAUGUCCCCAACAAGCCUCGAGGUAAAGGAGGGUGGCGAUACUUGGAUACUGGCCAAGUUUUGAUAGAAAGUGCUUGUUCUGUCGAACGCGCAGAGGAAGCUCUAGACGCUCUUUUGCCUCUAGUGGAUGGUAUCCGAUACUUUCGAUUCAACCCAGUUGAUGACAGGUGUGGCAUGGAGCUUGAUGAGACGGAUCCAGUAGUGUGGGGUAGACUUGAGGCUGCUACUCGUGAGUAUCUUGAAGCUCAUGACUCAUACAUCAAAGAGGCAUGUGACACACUUGAACCCCCUUCUCAGAGCGAGGAUACGUGGCAUGAAAGACACAAAAAUGGACGUUUCUCUGCACCAGGCAAGCAAGUGAAUAAAGGAUCCGGGGACGUUACAGGUCUUGGCUGGAGACGUAGAGUUCUUUUAGCUGAAGUUCGUCGUAGCCCUGACUUGCUAAAGCCCUUUAGGCAUACACGCGCUUUGGAAGCGUACUGUGAGCGCUACAACAUCAAGCUGGAUCAUUUGAUCACUGUCCCUACUUCAACCGUUGCUUCGACCACUACUGGCCCCACCCCACCAUAUGCCUCUCCUUCCUUCACGGGAAGUUUUCCAACGAGUCCUCUAUUGUUCAGCCCGGACCCAGCGCUUCUUCUCCAAGCGAAACUUGAGAACCUCCCACCUCUGAAUCUUGACGGUGGUCACGGUCCGAGUUCUCAUAAAAUAUCACACUCACCACCCUUAUCGCCUCCAAGAGGUCCUCGCGAACUCACAGGACCUGUCUUAGCUCUUCAUGAGAAGCUUCGUAGUUCACCUCAGCUUGGCAUUGUACAUUUAGCACUUCACAGCGAUCUAUCAGGUCUCAUCAUGAGCUGGAAAAGCGACAUUAUUUCUGUAGCGGAGCCUGGGGAGAUGGCAGAAGGGUUCUUGCAAACUGUGGUAGCAAACAUGCGAAUUGGUGUCGCCAGUAAAUCAAGAAAGAAACGGAGUUCUCAUCUCCCAAAAUUUUCUUCGCUAAGUAGCUUGGUCGCAGCAUGUCCCCGAUUCAUGAUUGGAGGAGCUCUGCACAGAUUUAUGGGCCGUCAUACGCAGGUACUGCCUGACGGACAGGAGGUUGGAUCUUAUCUGUUUCGGAGAACUCUGCCCGCAUCACACCUUGUACCGGAUGAUGUACGCUGGAUGGUUGGAGGAUGGCGGGACAGGAUAAUUAUCUGUACCGGGAGGUACGGUCCAUCUUCAGCUCUUGUGAAAGCGUUUCUGGACGCCGGAGCCAAAGCAGUGAUAGCACCAGCCAUGGAUCCACCGGAUGUGCAUCGUACCUUUUGUGAUGGAAAGGUCGGUGAUAAUGAAGGUGUUGACAGUGAUGAUGUGCGAUUUGUUAUCGAAGAUGAAGAUGACGAAGAGGAGGCGGAGCCUUCAAGCCCUGGUAGUGAUUGGGAGGAUAGUGACUUUGACAAACUGGACAGUAAUUUCGAAAGCCAGGAGCGAGAAGAGAAGGACUUGGCAUCAUUCGUAGGUACAUUGUACGAUGCUCUUUUCAGAGAAGGUUUGGGAGCUGAAGCUGCUCUUCAACAUGCUUUGGAAGCUCAUGUGAAGCAGCAGUACCGAUGUCAUCUACCGCAUGUGUACUAAUUUAUUCCCAGGUUAGUAGUAGUAUUCUGCCUAAAGCUUAAGCACCGUAGACCUGGGUAAUUAUGAAUAAAAUUUCCAGUGGAUCAAAGUUGCCACUGCCCUAUUUAUGGU